AUGACCGAUUCUUGGUCGAAAUCGUCUUCGGACCCCGAGCCUUCGGCGACGAUGCUGCCCGGGCAGACAGCCGUGGAUAAUGACGAUGGCUUUCGCAACGAGCAUCAGGAUCAUCUGGAUAUGCAGCGCCUCGGCAAGAAGCAGCAGUUCAAGCGCACGUUUUCGCUCUGGUCCUCGAUUGGUUUCGUCGCUAUCUACAUGGCGACGUGGGAAUUCGUGCUCAUCUCGCUGGCGCCUGGCUUCACCAAUGGCGGCUACGCAGGCGUCUUCUGGUGCUUCGUCACCACCACCAUAGCGUACUCUGCCGUCGUGGCCAGUUUGGCAGAGAUGGCUUCCAUGGCGCCGACGUCUGGCGGGCAGUAUCACUGGGUCAGCGAGUUCUCGCCGCCGAAGUACCAAAAGGUGCUCUCGUAUGCUUCUGGCUGGAUGACGACGCUGGGCUGGCUGGCUAGUUUCGCGAGUAGUUGCUACACCAUCGCUUUCCAGGUGCAGGCCUGCAUCAACGUCACCAAACCCGAUUUCGCCUUCACGCCGUGGCAGAUUGCCCUUAUUAUGUGGGCCGUCAUCGUCGUUACCAUUGCCUUUAAUACUUGGGGCACUGCUUUCUUUCCGCAGCUCGAACUGGCGAGUUUGAUUGGACAUAUCCUCGGAUUCUUCGCCGUUAUGAUCCCGCUCUGGGUGCUUUGCGAAAAGAACGAUGCACACGAUGUGUUCUUGCAAUUCACUGACCAGUCUGGCUGGGAUAACAUGGGCUUUGCCUACAUCUCUUCACAGAUCUAUGUUCUCUGGUGCUGUUUCGGCUCAGACAGUAUCGUGCAUUUAUCCGAGGAGGUCAAGAACGCGUCUAUCAUCGUCCCACGAGCCAUCUGGUGGUCAUACGUCGGCAACGUCUUCUUCGGCUUCAUAAUGCUCAUCACCAUGCUUUUCUGCAUCGGUCCUCUGGACCCCAUCAUCGAAGCAGACUGGCCAUUCAUCGCCCUCUUCGACCGAACCGGCUCCCAACGUCUCAACCUCUUCUUCAACGUCAUCCUAUGGCUGCUGGUGUAUCUCGGAAACAUCACCACACUCGCAACCUGCGCGCGCGAGACAUGGGCUUUCGCACGAGACCGUGGACUCCCUGGAUCUCAGUGGAUCGGGCACAUGGACAAGAAAUGGCACAUGCCUUUCAACGCAGUCUACCUCAUGUCCAUCGGUGCCGCCCUGCUCAGUCUCAUCCAAAUCGGUUCCGAUGUCGCCUUCACCGUUCUCGUCUCACUCUCCACACUCGGAAUAAUGAGCACAUACCUCCUCAGCAUUGGCUGUGUGCUCCUCAAGCGCAUCAGAGGCGAGGAGCUGCCCUUUGCUCGAUGGAGCCUGGGACGUUUUGGAUUGGCGAUCAAUGCGUUUUCCGUGCUGUACAGCUUGUUCAUUGUCAUUCUGUGCUGUUUCCCUCUGACUUUGCCUGUUGAUACGGCGACGGCGAAUUGGGCGCCGCUGAUUUGGUUCGCUGUGAUAAUCAUUGCUGCGAUUGCCUAUGUGACGCAUGGCAGGAAGGCGUAUACUCCGCCUGUCAACUUCGUUGAGGGUGUUAAGAUGCAGGGCGUUGGUCUGCAGGAGUCUACGUGA